CCUGAAACAGCUGGUAGCUGGUAAUUUCAAGAUGGUCAUAGAUGGUUUUUACACCAGGAACUGCAACCCUGGUCCCGGGUAGCCGCAGCUGCUGGGUCUCGCUGUUGUUACUCUGCCUUGUUACUUGGGUGUGAAUUUUAAGCUUUUCAGGUCACUGCGAGAGGCGGAGCUGCGCGAUUGGUCGGCUACAGUGCUGGGGCUGUCCCGGUAAAAACCUCCACCCCCGCGGCCAGCAACACUUCCACUGCAAUCUCACCUCAUCCUGCGGGACUGCUGGAGGUCUGCGGCCAAAACAUGCACAAUCGCGGGGUUUUGGGCAUCAUGGGACUGGUCUGGAUUCUUCUGGCUUCUUCUCUCCUACCUGUGAACAUGCAGGCGACCGUACGCGCAGUGGUUGGUGGAGACGUGCUCCUGCCCUGCUCCUGCCCCCACCCCCCGCCGGACGAGCACUACCUGGUGUGGCAGAUCGGUCAGCACACCAACGUCAACUACGCCAUUGCCAAGACGCGCACGGAGAACAUCUCCCCCCAGUUCCUCAACCGCACUCGCCUUUUCUACCCUGCCGAUCCGGGAAACUGCUCUCUGCAUCUCCAGCGCGUGCGCGUGUCCGAUGGGAAGACAUACUCCUGCCACUACAAUAACCCUAAAAUCACCAACGUCACCGUCUCUCUGGAAGUCACUGCACCCUACAGCCUGCAGUGCUCUACGAACAGCACUGGAGAGCUCUACCAGUGCACUGCCAGUGGGGGAUUCCCUGAGGGGAGGGUCUACUGGCUGCAGGCAGGCCAGGCUGUGGAGAAGUACACCCAGGACCACCUCACUGGCCUCUAUAACAUCACCAGCAUCCUGAGGACCACUAACCACUCCUCCACAGUGCAGUGUGUGCUGGAGAAUCCACCACUGCAGCACAACAUCACAAUCACCUGCUCACCGGAAGGUGUGAAAGCGCCCCGUGUGAGUGAGGAGCUGAAAGCCUCGCUGGCCGUGGGGUCUGUUCUCCUCAUUCUGGCUGCUGUGUUCCUCAUCGUCCUCUUCACCGCAUGGAAGCCAUGUCCCAGCUCAAAGGUUUCUGGCCCGUACGAGCGUGCAUCGUCGGCCGAAGGCGGGACUUGCGGAUCGCGGUUGAACGAAUCACAGUCCGGAUGAUUGACAGGCUGUUUCCAUGGCAACAGCACAAGGUCACAGCGGAAGGGGCGGACCUCGGUUGAGCGGAGUGGGCGGGGCCGACCUGUUGCCGGGCGCUGGGCCGCCACAGCACAGACGCACACGCCCUGUCUGUCACAUGCAUGCAUUAGCCAUGUGUGUGCAAGUGUAUGUAUUUAUAAUACAUUAUACAGAACUUUCUCCCCAUGGGAUCUGCACUGUAUUACCUCUGUCUUAUAUCUCCUGUCUGCGGUAUGAACCUGUUUGAAAGUAUGUGUGUAGCUAAAUGACCCACUGAGGUGAAUUUCCUGCUUUUCACAUACAUGACAGUCAAGCUGUAACUCCAAAGAAUGAAAAGUCAUUGUCUGAUUCAGAAAUGCAUUUCACAGAGUAUAAAAUAAGUGAAUCGCUCAAAAAUAUGUCUAUUUAUGGAAAUAAGCAGAUUGCGGCUUGAUAGCUACACAAUUUACAAUAAAGGUACAUGAAUUGGCAUGAACUUAUGUAGUUGUUAACAUGAAUUAAUGAUGUACAAAUACUGAAGAAACCUGAACAUGAUAACUUCUCAGUAGCUGGUGAAUGACUGCAGUAGUUCAUGCCUUGUUGUAGUAUUACCAGAAAAACAUGUUUACUUCUUAAGUUUCAGUUUCCUGUGGAGUUGUGCUUCUGCACACGUAUAGGUCCCAGAGCUAUGCUUCAUCCUCACCAAAUAUUCCACUGGACCACCCUGUAUUUUCACUAAUAAUUAAACCAUAAUUAUUUGAAUGCCAUUGUAGUUUUUUAGUCCUGAUGAAUUAAACUGACAGGGAGGCAGUGAUUGGCUGAAAGUCACUGUUAAAAUCGGGCAACAUGAUUGGCUGACCCAGUGGAAUGCUUUUGGGGAAGUUGAAAAGGGAAGUUAAAUCAACCGUAGCAAAAUGUGUCCCGGAGUGAAUAUCCACGGCAUGUUUAGAUUGUGAUAAGGUUAUAAUCCGAAACUAGCAUCUGACUACUGACCGAACAUAAAAAAACAUUGAAACAUUCAAAAACGAAACGUCCAAUUUUCAGGUGUUUAGCAAAGCUGAAUACUCACUACUGUUUAAGGGGUCAAUGUUUUGUGUAGUUAAUAUGUUUUUCUGACCAAUGAUCAUUGUGCAUUGCGGGCCUUGGUAUUUCUGUUCUUAAUCUUAUAUACAGUAGUGUGCAAAAGUCUAAGGGACCUGUAUAACAUUCUGUACAGAUAAGAUAAAAAAUAAAUCAAUGAAAGGUCUUAAAUGAACAUACUAUACAUUUUACAUAACAUUUUAGUAAUUUGGCAAAAUAGUUAAAAACUGAAUCAAAUCAAUAUUUUUUGUGACCACCCUUCGGCAUUAAAACUGCAUCACUUCUCUGAGAUAUAGAACUGCAGGACAGCGUUGGCUAAGACAAUCAGCAGGGAGGUUGUUCCCAGCAUGUUGGAGAACUUGCCACAGUUCUUCUGCAGACUUUGGUUGGCUCCUUGCUUCUGAUCUCAGACAGCCUUGAUCAAGUUUUUAUGUAAAAAGUCAAA